ACGGCCCCAGUGCAAGGACAGAGAUGCGAUGGCCUCUUACGCCUAUAUACCAAUCCAUAUCCGUGCCCAACUGAUCAUCAUUCCUUCCAUCGAUCUCGACCUCAUGGCGUCUCCCGGCUCCAACGACGAUGGGGCCGCCGCCGCCGCCGCAGUCUGCUGCAUGUGCGGCGACCACGGCCUGCCGAGCGAGCUGUUCCGGUGCAGCCUCUGCCGCCUCCGGCUGCAGCACAGAUACUGCAGCGACCUGUACCCGGUGGCGGCGGGGUCGUACCGGAGAUGCAACUGGUGCCUGCGGGAGAAGGGCGGGGGUGAUCUGCCUGUCAAGGCGCCGAUGGCAGCGGCGAAACAGAGCCACCUGAAUAUUUCUCGUGAUGAUGAUGGCGACGAGGUGAGGCCGUGCCGUGGAUGCUCGAGAUCACCGUUCUCGGGGGACCCCGGGAAGCCGGUCAAGAAGUCCAAGAAGGGCCGCGAGAGAACUGUGCAGCGGCCGGUGACGACAGCCACGGCGAAGGGGAGGGAGGUGCAGGCCGGAGCAGAAAAACCGCGGUUCAGGGCGAAGGUGCGAGUGCGACGGUACAGGCUCCUCGCGGAGGUGAUCAGUUGCUAGUAUGUAUAGAUGCAUAGUACUUGUGCAAGGCCAGUUGAGAAGGCCAGCUUGUUCCUUAACUCAUAUGCAGACAUAUUGAUAGAUCGACUGGUGAACAUCAAGUUAUUAAGUUGAGCGGGUUUGAUUUAUGCCCUAUCCGACUUAAUCAAAGCGACCCGUUUGAUUUA